AUGGUAAGAACGAAGUUGGAUAAUCGGAUUAGAAUCCUUAUUGAAAAUGGAGUUGCUACGGGACAUCGUUCGAUGUUUGUCAUAAUUGGUGAUAAGGGAAAAGAUCAGGUUGUCAUACUUCAUCAUGUGUUAUCAAAAGCAACAGUCGCUGCUAGACCUUCUGUUCUGUGGUGCUAUAAAAAAGAGCUUGGUUUCACUUCUCAUCGCAAAAAACGAAUGAAGGAGUUGAAAAGGAAAAUGCAUAACGGUCGUAUGGAUGUAAAGGAUUUUGAAGCUAUUACGCCUAAUCUUCUGGCUCGAACUAUUGAAACGGUUGAGGGAGGUGGUGUGAUUGUAUUAUUACUAAAGAGUGUCAAUUCUUUGAAGCAGUUGUAUACAAUGGCUAUGGAUGUCCAUAGUCGCUUUCGUACAGAAUCUCAUUCUGAAGUCGUUCCUCGUUUCAAUGAACGGUUUAUAUUGUCUUUGGCAAGCUGUCGAAGUUGUGUAGUUGUGGACGAUCGUUUGAAUGUUUUACCACUUUCAUCUCAUGCUUUUAAAAUUGAGGCGAUUCCUGCAAGCGUUAAGAACAAGCCUAGCAGGCAAGAAGAAGAAUUAAUAUCUCUGAAGAAUUCAUUGACGGAAACUAAACCGCUGAGUUUUUUGGUGAACAAAUGUAGAACAUUGUGUCAGGCAAAGACUCUAUUAAGACUUUUGGAUGUGAUAACUGAGAAAACAUUGCAAGCAACAUGUUGCAUAACUGCAGCUCGCGGUCGUGGUAAAUCGGCUGCUCUUGGAUUAGCAAUAGCAGGUGCUAUUGGUUUUGACUAUGCGAAUAUAUUUGUAACGAGCCCAGCACCUGACAAUCUUAAGACGUUAUUUGAAUUUGUGGUCAAAGGUUUGGAGGUCAUGAAUUAUGAAGAGCAUACGGAUUUUGAAUUGAUCCAAUCAACAAAUAAACAAUAUAACAAAGCUCUGGUCCGAAUCAAUGUUUUCAAAGGUCAUCGACAAGUCAUUCAGUAUAUUGAUCCUCGGGAUUCGGUUAAAUUAUCGCAGGCUGAACUAGUAGUAGUCGAUGAAGCUGCUGCUAUUCCAUUUCCAAUUGUGAAGAAGCUUAUUUCUGGACCAUAUCUUGUCUUUCUUGCCUCGACAAUCAGCGGUUAUGAAGGAACUGGCCGGUCGCUCUCGUUGAAACUGUUGCAACAGCUUCGUGAGCAAGCAGCUGGUUUGCUGAAAAAUGACAACAAUGAACAAGUGGUAGCUGCUGUGAAAGGACGUUCGUUGCAUGAAUUGAUUCUCGAAGAAAGCAUCAGAUACAAACCAGGAGAUCAAAUUGAAGCUUGGCUAAAUCGUGUUUUGUGUUUGAAUGCUUGUAAUGCACAUCGGCUGGUGUCUGGAAUGCCACCACCCAAAGAUUGUCAGUUAUUGUAUGUCAAUCGGGAUACUUUAUUUUCUUUCCACAAAGCUUCAGAAACGUUUCUUCAUAAUAUUAUGGCGAUAUAUGUAUCAGCACAUUAUAAAAAUUCGCCUAAUGAUUUGCAGAUGUUGUCGGAUGCUCCAGCACAUCAUUUGUUCGUUUUGGUGGGACCAAUUAACGAAACGCAAGCACAACUUCCGGAGGUUCUAGCAGUUAUACAAUUAGCGAUGGAAGGUGCCUUAUCUUCUGCUACAGUAUGCGAUAAUAUGGGAAGAGGUAAAAGAGCAGCGGGUGAUUUGUUGCCAUGGACAGUGUCACAACAGUUUAUGGACAAAGAAUUUCCAGCGUUGAGUGGGGCGCGAAUUAUCAGAAUAGCAGUACAUCCCGAUUUCCAGUCACUGGGCUACGGUUCACGAGCUCUCGAAUUGCUUUUAGAAUAUUAUUAUGGAAUGGUGCCAUGCUUAAAAGAAGAGACAGAUUUUAAUGUGGAAGCGAAAGUGAAACAUAUUGAGAAUCCUGAUGCACUAGUAUUGCUGGAAGAAGUUAUUGAGCCACGCGUUGAUUUACCACCACUUCUACAUCGUUUAAGUGAACGGCGUGCCGAGAAACUGGAUUAUAUUGGUGUUUCAUUUGGUUUGAAUUUACCUUUGCUCAAGUUCUGGAAGCGUGCAGGGUUUGUCCCGGUUUAUCUGAGGCAGUCUGUUUGCGAUCUCACUGGUGAACAUACUUGUAUUAUGCUGAAGGAUAUGAUUAAAGAUGAGGAGGAUUUGAACGAGGGCACCGUUUCUUGGCUUUCCUUAUACUGGACUGAAUUUCGACGUCGAAUUUUGCAUUUGUUUGGAUUUGAAUUCAAUAAAUUUUUGCCGCAGAUGGCCCUCAGUAUUCUACAGCUGAAAAAUAGUGGGAUCGUAAAGCAGUGUAAAAGAGAAGUUCUGACCAGAGAGAAACUUGGAUUAUUUUUUUCAAACAGUGAUUUACGCCGAUUAUCUCAGUAUGCACGGAAUAUGAUUGAUCAUCAUUUAAUCACAGAUAUAUUACCAGUACUGGCUUUAUUAUAUUUCGAAGAACGAUUCGAUGAAAGAAUCAAACUAAACAAUGUGCAGUCAGCGAUUUUGUUAGGCGCUGGACUGCAACAUAAAACAAUGGAUGUUUUGGUAGCUGAACUUGAUCUACCUGUUAACCAAUUGCUAGCUUUAUUCAACAAAGCUAUCCGAAAACUUUCUGAAUAUCUCGAUCAGCUUUGUAUGGAUGCGAUACGGCAAGAGAUUGAUGGUCAGGAAACUAGUGAGCAUUCAGUUGAUGCUACUUCAAUGCAGCCUAUUCCUAUCUCUCUCGAUGAUGAGCUUCAUGAGGCAGCUGUAGAAAUCAAAAAAAGGCAAGAUAGAGAUCGGGCGAGACUAAAAGAAGAAAUUGGUCGAGAACUGAAGCAGUAUACAAUCAAAGGAAGUGAAGAUGAUUGGGCGAAUGCUUUACAGAGUACUAAUCUGAAGACAGCCAAGAAAAUUGGCACCAUCUUAUCUGUCAAAUCGUCGAGGACAGAGUCCAAAAGUGUUGGCCAUGAAUUACUUGAAAAAACAAACAAAUUCCCGAAUCGAAAAAGAAAGAGAAUUAAGUGA